AUCCACUCCAAAAAUGAACAAAUUCUUCGUCCUUGCCGUCGCCGCCCUGGCUGUUUCGUGUGUCCAGGCCGACUCCUUCGAUGCGAGAGCCGAGACCCGGGAGUACAAGAGCGACCUGAAGGAGGACGGCAGCUAUGCCUACCAGUACCAGACGUCCAACGGCAUCGCCGGCCAGGAGUCGGGAGCGGGUGGCUACUAUGCCAGCGGCUCGAAUGCCUACUACGCCCCCGAUGGCCAGCUCAUCCAGCUGACCUACACCGCCGAUGCCAAUGGCUUCCACCCGGCCGGCGCCCAUCUGCCCACUCCUCCCCCCAUCCCGGCGGCCAUCCUGAAGUCCCUGGAGUACAUCCGCACCCAUCCCCAUCAGGAAUCCCGCCAGGGUCAGGGUCGAUUCUAGAUUCUAGACCAUCACCACCACCACUUGUUGAGCGUUAUUCGAGCUAGGCUUAAGUCAUUUGAAAAUAAAAAAACAUCGUUUGAGUCUUCAAACAUUUCCAUAAACAA